GACAGUGUCACCGUUGGACUGCUGAGUUCUGCGUCUUCUCCAUAUCCGUUCCAUCGCGUUUCCUAUCGCAGCAGAGGCCAAGUUCGAACAUUCUCUUGUCAUUCUCUUGAUAUUCCUCCAGAAAGUAAGUUCCCAAUGCUAAACGGCCAGGCUUGAUUCGUGGAUGGCUUCUCUUGAGCUCGCGAUCCGAUCGAUGUACGCCUGGCUCUAGGCUGACUGACGGGCCAAUCCGACCACCGAGCGGCGAUGGCUAACAUGGCCGGCAGUAGCGCUUGGCACGGACGCUGCACGUAAAAAGUUCCCGGGCGCCGCUGGAUCGAGAACUAUGUACUCGAACAACAGUGUCAUCGAGGAAGUAGAUGCUCCCAUAAUGUCGACGUCCACUUCCUUUCCUAAAUACGAGUCCACAUUUCUUCCGCUCGCUCCCGAUCCGGAACGGGAGAUUGUGUCUACCCGCGGCCAGCAUUUGCCAGGCAUUUUGCGACGGUUCUCGGGGGCGAGCUUACAGCAACCGUCAUCAUCGCCAUUUUCCGAUGGUGCCACUGGAAUCGGCGAGUUCGAUAGCAGACUCUCCGAUUGGGAAGGGUUUGCCGCUAGGAACGACGAUAUCGAGACCGGGAACUGGGUGAGGGAUGUUCGAUUGCUGUCGCACCGGGCGCUGGGAGAUGCUUCUUCAGAGCUUCUUCCUCCAGACGGGGAGGCCGUCCAGCCGAUCAAGCGCAGUGCGAGAUUGAUUGGGAAUAUUGGGCCGCGGUAUCCAUGGUAUCAAUUCUACACACCGCCUGAGAAACUGAAGAAGCUUCGUACCCCAGUUCGGAAUUAUUACGAGCGGAUGAACUUUCUGAUCACUCGAUACCUCUUCAUUGACCGAAUGCUGAGCUCGUCAAUCGCACAAGAACUUAUCGAAGAUUAUGAGCAGAAGCAUAAGAAUUCUCGAAACCGCCUGCACACGAUUGCUGAGGAAGCGCCGGGAACUCCCCAGCCUGUUUCUCCCCCCGACUCGCGUCAAGGUUCCCGGGAAGGAUCAUCGGCCGAAGGGAUAGAGAACAACAGCGAUGGAAGGACAGCAGGCGUGAGCGUCGAUCAACCUGCUGGUGAAACCACUCCUCUGCUGUCUUCUCGCUCUGACGAGCAUCCUCACCCAACGGCUGGUGUGAGAAGCGGCCCAGUUGAAAGCACGAAUCGCAUUGUCAUUCUUGCCAUCUAUGUCAAUCUGAUAGCGAAUGUCCUUCUGCUGGCCUCGAAAGUCGUCAUCACACUCAUGACGAGCUCCGUAUCAGUUCUUGCGAGUCUGGUAGAUGCUUCACUGGACUUUUUGAGUACGGCCAUCGUAUGGUUCACGACCAGACUCACAGCAAGGCGUGAUCGAUACCAGUAUCCAGUUGGCCGUAACCGUCUGGAGCCUAUUGGUGUGCUUAUUUUCGCGACGAUCAUGAUAACCUCUUUCUUCCAAGUUGGAAUCAUAUCCGUACAGAAAUUGGCAUCAGAUGACCAUGAGGUUGUCAGGCUUGGAGUUCCUGCGAUCGCAAUCAUGGGCAGUACCGUGGCUGUCAAGUUGCUCUGCUGGGUAUGGUGCCGAAAUAUCAACAAUUCGAACGUUCAAGCCCUAGCACAGGACGCCAUGACCGAUGUCAUUUUCAACGUCUUCAGUAUCAUCUUUCCCUUGGUGGGUACUUUCACAAACACUUGGUUCCUUGAUCCUUUGGGUGGUCUCUUUCUGUCCCUGUAUAUCAUGAUGAAUUGGGCCAAGACCGCCAGAGAACACGUUCAUCAUCUUACGGGCGCUGCUGCCAGCUCCGAUGAUCGUAGUGUCCUCAUCUACCUGGUCAUGCGCUUUGCGGAGAGUAUCAAGUGGAUCCAGGGUUUGGAGGCCUAUCACUCAGGAGACAAACUCAACGUCGAAGUCGAUGUCGUCUUGGACGGCAACACCACCUUGCAUGACAGCCACGAUAUCGGAGAGAGUCUGCAAUAUAUGAUCGAGAGCAUCCCGACGGUCGAUCGCGCAUUCGUCCACCUGGAUUAUGCUUACUACAACCUUCCUACUCAUUUUGAACGAGAAGCU